GUUUUAGUCCAACCUUACACAGAUACUUUUAUCCAAGCGAUGCUGCUGGAGAUUCUCUCUGUUAUUGUCACUACGAUAUUAGAAAAAACUUCCAGCAUAUCCCUCCGGUGUCGAACUCAUGUCCUAGAUUCGUGAUCAUCUGUGAUCAUAUCGACAACGACGUCGGACUUCGUCGUCCUGUCUCCCAUCAUUCUCAGAGAAAAGCUCUUUUCACUCCGUUGCCUUUUCAAAGUUCCGAAUGCGAAGGUUAUAACCAGCUAUCAAUUAUAAUUGAGAACAUAAAAAAUAACAUCAUAAUCGACGAUGUUAAGUCGAUACAUCGGUAGAUUUCUGCUACCACAAAUGAAUAAGUGCGUGGGUAGUUAUAAAUGUUCUCACAGUUAUUCGCGAAUAGCGGAAGCGGGGGCAAGUGAAUACCAGGGGAAACGCGCUAAAGUACAGGGAUGGGUGAGAGCGAUCAGAAAAAUGAAGGAAAAUAUCUUCCUUGAUGUCGAUGACGGUUCUUCAUCCCAGUUUUUACAAAUUGUCAUGAAAAAAGAAGAUAAACCUGAAGAUUUAAGUUUUGGAAGUAGCGUGAGCAUCGAAGGAGAGUUAACAUUUGCUCCCAAUGGACGGCCCGAGUUACAUGCUGAAAAAAUUCAACUUCUGGGUAAAUGCAUUCUGGACGAGGGUUAUCCCUUUGCUCCAAGGAUCAAAUAUUCUAUCGACUAUGUACGCCAAUAUUUACACCUAAGAGCAAGGACACGAUUUUUCUCAAGCGUAAUGCGGCUUAGAGAUUUGGCUGCUACUUCUCUAGGGGAACAUAUGAAAUCACGAAAUUUCAUUAAUGUUCACACACCCAUUUUAACCUCCAAUGAUUGUGAAGGAGCUGGCGAAGUCUUCAAUGUCAGACCCGAAUCUAUAGGAUUGCUAAAAACUAUGCGCAAGGAAAACACUAAUUUGGAAGAUGCUUAUUUCAACGGUAAAGUCUUUCUCACAGUUUCUGCGCAGCUCCACUUAGAAGCUAUGGCAAGAGCUCUCUCGAAAGUUUAUUCAUUUGGUCCGACAUUUCGAGCGGAGAAUUCAAAAUCACGAUUGCAUCUGAGUGAAUUUUACAUGAUGGAAGCGGAAAUGGCUUUUACCACAGAUAUCAAUGAGAUAAUGCUUGAGGCCGAGUUGCUGGUGAAAUCGAUGACAAAAUAUUUGCUCGAGAAAGGUGAAGGAGAUAUGCGUUCAAUAGGCGCUCCAGUGCCAUCUUGGCUCGAGUCAAAUUUUGGUAUUAUCGAUUACAAUGAAGCGAUUACGAUACUCGAGAGAAAUUCAGAUCGUCUGACGGUUCCGGUUCACCAUGACGAAGGUCUUUCCAAAGAGCACGAACUAUUUCUCGUUAAACAUAACAAUGGCAUUCCUAUUUUCAUCAUUAAUUGGCCUAAAGAUAUGAAACCCUUCUACAUGAAAACCUGUCCAAACGACUCGUCAAAGGUUGCCGCAAUGGAUCUUUUGGUGCCAGAGGUUGGUGAACUGUUCGGAGGUAGUCUGAGAGAGGACGAUUACGAUGUAUUGAAGGAAAAUCUGCCACCCGGUUUGAAUCUCAACUGGUAUCUUGAGCUCCGUAAAUUUGGAAAUGUACCGACCGGCGGCUUUGGCAUGGGUUUCGAAAGAUUUUUGCAAUGCGUGCUGGGAAUACCAAACAUCAAAGAUGUCAUACCUUUUCCCCGAUGGCCGCACAAUUGCACUCUAUGAAUAAACUUUUCAGGUCUUUGUGUUGUGAUUUCACCCUUUUGGCCAAAAAGCCGAACAAAGAAAAACUAAACAGAUAGAAUCACUGGACACCGAAUCGCUCGACGCGAAAAUGAAAAAGAAUGAACUCGUUUUGUGUCGAUGAGUAAUUUUACUCCAUUAGAACUCUGAGCAAAAUGGGCACGCAAGUGGCCAAACGAAAAACAAAAAGAUGCUUUUACAGGUCAAGAAAGAGGAACUGGAUUUUCAAUGUGACAAUAUGUCGCGAACUUUUUUUUCGUCCACGUAUCCGGUCUAAUGAUAAUUCCCCUUGGGAUUGCUUCGAUAGGAUUCAGUGCCAAGUUUGAAGGAAACGAGACGGGAUAAAGAAAAACGCUCGUUCUGUUGCCUUAUUUUUAUUAUUUUUAUUUGCAUAAUCUAUACGAAGCUCCAAACUAAACUACGCGGAUGAACUUUUCUUUCCCAUCGACUAUCGUGAUACUUAAUUCGAAUAACUGGCAUAGGUUGUGCUUUGAUAUCCAAGGGUAUCCUGGGCGAGUUCUCGGGCCCCUGCCGGUUCCUCAUUUUCUUUGUUUCGUCGUUCUUGCAAUGUCGCUUAAUAUCUUUCAUUAAAGUUGAUACAGGCCUCUAAAUUAUCACUAAAAAGGUUAGCAAGUAUUGGGUUUGAUAAACAGAUGACCAAUGAAAGUCAAAAACUCUCGAGUGAUCAACAAUUAUUUUUUUCUUUUCUUUUUCUUUUCAUACAACAAAAUAAUCUUUUCUCUCAUCGAAAUUGUUUACGAAAAAUUUGAAUCGCUCAAAUAUUUCGUUUUUCACUUGAACUUAUCACCUACAAUUAUUACUUUUAUGUACAAUACAAUUGAUAAUCGUAUAUCACACAUUUUGUACAUAACCAACGACGGAGUGAAAAAAAGAAAAAAAAAAUUUCGCUCACA